AUCUAGUGGUUGGAGUUCAUACAGACAAGGAGAUUACCAAACACAAGGGGCCACCUGUAUUUUGUGAAGAAGAGAGAGAGUCUGCACUACCAAGCAGUCUGACGAAGACCUCAAGGAAUUUUUCGCAUAUGAACUGGCACCGUACCCCAUGUCACUCUUUACUGAGGAAGGAAUGCGUAAAAGUACCAAAUCAGCAUUGUAUGAUGCAGCAUUCACCCCUCUCCAAGGUGGGACAAACUUUAGUAGCAGAAAAUAUGCUGUAAUUGAUGGAGGAUUUCUACUCCAUAAAGUUGUAUGGAGUAAAUCCACAACCCCUACUUUUCAAUCAGUGUGCUAGACUUACGUAGACUAUGUGCUGAAAUACUUUGGAUGUAAUACCACAAUAGUGUUCAAUGGGUAUCCUGACGACACUACCUAUCAAAGCACUAAAGCAGCAGAAAGAUCUCGCCGAGCUGUACUUCACACAGCCACCAAAUUUAUCUUUUCAGGAAGUACUGCAGUCAGUGGCGGAUUUACCAGUAGGCUGAGUAGGCUUGAGCCUAGGGCGGCAGAUUUUUGGGGCGGCAAAUUUGGGGACCGAUUUUUUUUUUUGCUACCUCAUAGAAAUCAAAAAUAUUUCUGCAUGACGGUUUUCUGUUUUCUGAUGUUUUACAAAUAGAAGUCUGCAACAAAUUUUGCCGAUGACUUUCCCCUCUCCCUUGUCAUUGUACGUUCCGUGAAUCCGUGUAGCAAACUUCCAUAUUCCAGAGUAAAACAGCUAGUUCGCUAGUCAGUAAAUGCGAAUUUUAAUGGACAAGGCCUCGGUUGGCACUACACGCCCAAGACAACUAUGGUCCCGGGAAAAAUGUGACUACCCAAGGUCAGAAGGGCCCCUCCGCCCUCCCUCCGCCGCUAUCCCUUCCGCCAGACUGUCCCCUCCCUUCUCCUAGUCCGCCUCAAGGGUCGAACCGCGUCAUGUCGCGGGUGGGGCGGCAAUUAGAGCUGUUACCUCGGGAGUCGGGACCACAGUUGUCUUACGCGUGUAUUGCAUAACGAAUUGAUAUUUCUACGUAGGUGUGUCGUGUGGACUGUUAUUUUUCGAAGUGUUUCGUGAAUUGUAUCAUUGUAUGAAUAUUUUCACAGCACCGGUAAGUAAAAACUUUUUAUAAUCAUAAUACAUUAUAAUAAAGCAUCUGUAACGAUAACGAAUAAAUUUAUUGAAAAAGCCCUGCAAUAAUAUUUUUCAUUUUGAAGCUUGGAACAUGGUCACGUUAAAUUUAGAACAUUUUCAUAUUAACUAUAAAUAGUAUUCUAAAAGAUUGCUCAUGGUUAUCUUGUCAUUUUGUCUUUUUAAAUGAAGCAAACAUCAAAAAAUAGAAAUAAUAAUUCACAAUAAACAAUUCAUCGGAAACCAUGCAAAGAAAUUUUAAUUUUUUCGUGAUAGCAUUAAAAAAAUUCGUUUUUACGUUAACUAUUUAUUAUGUGAAUUCUGAAUGAAGGAUAGGGGUGAGCAGGGUUACGUGGCCAUCCUAAGAUAAAACGAUACAUAAAUUGUAUAUUGUAAUUAAAAUCAAAAUAUAAAAUAACCCUUCAAUAAUAUAGUUUUCGUACAAUCAAAACACCAUUAAAAUGUAAAUAUUGGAGCGACUCAUGUUUGUUUUUUGUUUGCCCGUCGCACUAAUCGUGUAAAUGAUAUGACAUUUUUUUUUUUUUCAUUUUUCUUUUAUCUUAAGGAAACUAAAUCACGGGAUACCAUUUCCGGCCACCUGCACUUGUUUGUGAAAUAUGAGCCAUCCUUGAGAUACUGCCACCUUAUCUGCCAAGCCUCUCCUGCUGGCAAAUUUUUGUGUAAGGUCGUUCCCCACACGAAAACAACACACACAUUGCAAAACACGUUAGAAAUUUACAGUGUAGAUUAAAAAAAAAUGUAAAAUGUUCAAUAGUUUGUUUUAUUAUUUAGUAAUACAUAAAUAGAGCUAAGUAUAUACAGUUCGGGCAAAGUGAACAUGCGGUGGUGGCUGGCCACUUUGCCCUCUGAGACGCCAUUACAAAAAAACUAGCAAAAAAAAAGACAUCUUCUACAGUUAUUAAUAUGUGGUAUUAAAGUUUAAAACAUGCUAAUUUGGAUAGGCUAUAUUAAAUAAUUAUGGCAUUACUGUGUAUUUAAUAAUGAUCAACAGUAAUUAUUACUUACCUUACAUGUUACAUCAGAAAUAGUAAAACCAGUAAAACCUUAAUAAAACAAAUAACUUUCACUGCAAACAGACCGGGUGCUCUCAGAACACUAAUGGCGUCUCUUACAAAUGUUUCACAUCCUCGCUACCAAACUUCAUCACUCUCCAGCUGAGUAACAGCCAAUGGCCACUUUGCUCGCUCUGGCUACGUUACCCUGCCCUCCCCUAUCGCUGCUUGUGUACGAAAAAUAAACUUGUUAAUUUAAUCCUUUCCAUUUCAGUUCCUGAAGAAAAAAUUGUGAAAAUGAGUGAUGGGAGAAAGCGACUUAGUGGAGCGGAGUACAAAAAGAAGGCCAAAAUAAAAAAAGAAGAACAAGAGCAAAUUAUACGAAAAACCACAAAAAUUGACAGUUUUUUUAAAAAUGAAAAUUGGGUCGAAAAAACGGGAACUUCAACAAUGCAAUCUGGAAAGGAUGAAACGGACUUUAAUUCUGCUGCCCAACUGUCAUCUGUUGAACUAUCGACUAAAGAAAAAACUGAUGAUUAUGUUCUUGACGACGAGUGCUCCAAAAUUGAAGAUGCCUCUCAGACCGAAUCGUUAAAUGAUGACCAAAAGCAAACAACUGUAGAUCAAAACAAAGAUCCAGCUUUAUGGGAAAUUAAUGAUACUUUAAGGGAAAUUAUUGCAAGAUGCGGCUUUUAUCAAAACAAGUCUUCUGACUUCUCUAAAAGUGGAAAACUAUAUGCUGAUCAACGUCGUUUCUUGCCAGUGAGUAUCUUUCAAAGAAAAAUGAAAAACAAUGAAGUGAAGGACCGAAAUUGGCUGGUUUACUCUGAAAGUAAGAGUUCCGUAUAUUGCGGACCAUGUUUAGCAUUCGGUCCAUUGGAGAAUAAAACUCAGUUCGAGAACGAAGGAUUUAAUGACUGGAAAAAUGCAGAACACCGAGUAGCUCAGCAUGAAAACUCUGCGCGUCAUAAAUCCAGUAUCCUUAGUCUGAAAGCUAGAAGUGCGAUUGAUGGUCGAAUCGACAAUUUACUGCAUUUGCAAAUUGAUGAAGAAAUUACUUAUUGGAGAAAUGUUCUGAAAAGGGUUGUUGCUGUAGUGAAGCGGCUGUGUUCAAGAGGUCUCGCUUUUAGAGGAAAAAGUGAAAAGUUCGGUGAUCCACACAACGGAAAUUAUUUUAUGAUUCUGGAACUGUUAGCUGAGUUUGAUCCUUUCUUAGCCAGUCAUAUUGAACGAUUUGGGAAUCAAGGAUCCGGAAGUACCAGUUACUUAUCGAAGACCGUUUGUGAUGAAUUUAUACUUUUGAUGUGCCAUAAAGUCUUGAAGCAAAUUGGAGACGAGAUAAGAAGGGAGAAAUACUUUUCCUUAAUCAUCGAUUCAACACCGGAUAUAGCACAUGUGGACCAGCUCACCUUCGUGAUUCGGUAUGUUUUAGAAACAGGAGAACCCUGUGAAAGAUUCCUCAAGUUUUUGCCCUCAGUGGGACAUAAAGCUGAAGAAAUGUUUGCUGCCAUUACUUCGGAACUAAAAACCUUGGGUUUGAACAUUGAAGACUGCCGUGGACAAUCGUAUGACAAUGCCGCAAAUAUGUCUGGCAUAUACAAUGGCUUACAGGCUAAAAUUCAAAGUCAAGCACCGUUUGCUUUUUUCGUUCCUUGCUCUGCCCAUUCUUUAAAUUUAGUGGCAACUGCAGGGUUGCCACUGGUCCCUAAAAGUCCCUAAAAGUCCCUAUUUUUCCAUAGGUCCCUUAAAAGUCCCUAUAUUUUGAUAGGUCCCUAAAGUCCCUUUUUUUUAAAUUUUGAAAUGGAUUCAUUGGAAAAUUAGCAUAUUUAUUUAAUUUUUUAUGAAUGUGUCAUGAACAGUGGCCAUCAACACGCUUCCACACAUCCAUAAAGUUUUGCAUCUGUCGAGCUACAUUUUCCUGCAUCUUACUACAUGUAAGUUUUACAGUAUUGAUAUUGUUUUAUUAUUCUUUCAAUGUUUUUAUUAAAAAAUAUUGUGUGAACAAAUUAAAAUUUUAUGGGGGAGAUAACAUUCUUAAGCCCCAAUGAAGAUUAACUGAGGGGCACACAUGCUCCAACUUGGUAUAACAUAAGUUGUUUGUAGCAUUUUAUUUCAGGUACCUUCUAUAUAGCUUAUAAUCUAGUUGCAGAACAUAUAAUGACAAAGUCGUCAUUACUUAAACCAAUACUGAAAUGUUUUCAGUGUCUUCAGCCUAACAAGAGAGUGUUAGACCAGAGUUCACUUGAUAUUGUUACCAUCAGCAAAUCUCUUCCAUUGAACAUAAAUACAAACCUGCUUUUUGAUGAGUGGAAGUUAUUGCAGUCAGAACCAGAUCAAGACAUAAUUGACAAGUGUGAAGUAAGCAUUGACAAAUACUGGUAUCAUUUCAUGACAUUAAAAAAUGCUUUAGGGUCUCCAAAGUAUCCAACAGUUUCAACUGUAGUCGUGCUGCAUUGGCAGUAUCAAAUGGAAAUUCAGAUGUAGAGAGAGGGUUUUCAACUUCAGUGAGAAUUUUAACAGAAGACAGGUCUUUGUUGUCAGAACGCACUCUCAAUGCUGUGUUAAUUGUAAAGUCAGCCUUAAAAAUAUAUGACAACAAGCCACAUUUGGUACCUGUAACAAUAGAGCUCCUGAAUCUUGCAAGGUGUGCUCAUCAGAAAUGUUGUGCUUAUUUAGAGGAGCAUAAAGCAAAAAAAGGAUUGGAAGCAAAAAAACUGGAAGAACAGAGGAAAAAGGUUUAAGAAAAGCAGCAUACUAUAAUGUUGGAGAAAAAAAAGAUGUCUAUUUUCCAAGCUGAAGAGAAGUUGAAAGAUUUGAGAAAUAAAAAAGAGAAAAAAAGGAAAACUGCUGAAAGGUUAUUUUCAGAAGCUAGUAAAAGACUUAAAGAGGCACUUAAGUCAAAUGAUAUUGCUGCUUUAAAAGAAGAAGCAAGUCUUGCACAGGCAAUGAAUGAUUGAAGGGGUUAUGAAAGUCCAGAAUAAAAGUUAUGGUGGAAAGGGAAUGGUAUGAGCAAAAUAUAUAAUGUUUUUUCCCCUAAAUUAAUUUAUAAUCAAAAACAGCAUUUAUUUGCAUUACUUGUUAGUAAUAUUUGACAAAAUGUUUCUUAAAUAUUUUCUAACACUGAAGAUUGCAAGACUUUAAAAGAAAAAUAAGAAAAUUGACAUUUCUUACCGCAAAACUUCAAGGUAAAUUCAACUAUAAAGUAUAAUAUUAUGGAAUGACAUACACACAUUGUAUUUUUGCUCUUUGGGGAGAAGGGUGACCAUUCUUUUAACAAUGGUAUUGAACACAUUAUCUAUUGUGGUUUUGGUUGUAGCAGAACAGGGACUCAAGUUUUAUAUACUGGAUUACUUGGUAUGCCGAGUUAAUACUGUGUUAUUUGUUGUACUCGACCAUAAAAUUGUAUGAAAAAUUCUAUAAAUGUUAAGGUUUCCGCAAAAUUUCAGUCCCUAAAAAGACCCUAAAAGGUCCCUUUUCUUAUUCUGUCAGUCCCUAAAACACCCUAUUUUUGGAGGUCCAGCUGGAUGGCAACCCUGCAACUGCGACUGCUGAAUCUUGCACAGAAGCUUGUCGAUUCUUCAUGUUGCUCCAAGAAAUAUACGUUUUUUUUUCAAGUUCAACACAACGCUGGAAGAUAUUGAUGACUGAAGUCGGAGAAGGCAAAACAGUCAAGAGAGUAAACCUCACACGUUGGUCAGCUAGAGAGGAUGCAUGCAGAAGUUUGAGAGAUUCGUGGCACGAAGUCAUUAAAGCUUUGGAAACAAUCAGGAAUGACUGCACCGAAAAGCCUGUCACAAGAAAUGAAGCAAUGGGAAUUCUUUCAAAAUUAAAAAAACUGGAAACAGCGUUAAUGGUUGUUGUGUGGAAUGUUUUUUUGGAAAGAAUAAACAAAGUAAAUGUUCAAAUCCAGGCUUCUACCGUAGAUUUGAUUACUGUAGCCGAUCUUUAUGAAUCUCUUCGCAAGUUUUUCGUAAAGCAACGAGAAAACUUCAAGUAUUUCGAAGAAAUGGCAAUGGAAUUAAGUGCGUCGAAGCAGUACACAAAAGACUUGGGAAAAAGACAACUGAAAAGAAAAAAAUUUGCUGAUGAAACACCCGAUGAAGAAAUGAGUAUGACAGCGAGUGAUACUAGCGAUACUUUCAGGGUUAAUACAUUUCUCGUCAUCAUUGAUAGACUCGUAUCCGAAUUAGAAAAAAGGAAGAAGGCAUACGACAAUUUCAAUGAAAAAUUUUCAUUUCUGACCAAAAUGAGCGAGUUAUCAUUAUCAACCCUUACGAAAAAGGCUCUGUCCUUAGAAAAAAUGUAUCCUAAUGAUUUAGAGACUGAGUUGGUUCAAGAAUGCAUACAUUUUCAAAGCCACAUAUCUUCGCAAAGCAUUCUGGUAAAACCAGAUUUUACAUCAUUACAGAGUCUAUCUUCGUUUCUGCGAAAACAAAGUUUGCAGAACGUUUAUCCGAACUUGGACAUAGCCCUUCGUAUGGCCUUAUGUACACCAGCGACAAAUUGUUCGGGUGAGAGAAGUUUUUCUUGUCUAAAAAGGGUAAAAAAUUAUCUGAGAUCGACCUUGAGCCAAGAAAAAUUAAACGCUUUAGCACUUUUGUGCAUAGAGUCGGAAUUAAUGAACAAUAUUACUUACGAUGAUAUAAUCGAUGAUUUUGCCAACAAAAAAUCGCGCAAAAAGGGAUUGUAAUGAACUUAAUCUAGGACAUGAAAAUUGUAGAGGCAAGGGCGGCAAAAACUUUGCAGCCUAUACCUGGAAAAUUUGUAAAUCCGCCACUGACUGCAGUUAAAAUAGCCCAAGAUAAUUUUUUAUCAAAUGAUGAAAACAAAAAGAACCUCAUAAUGCUGAUGACAGAACUGACAGCCAAUGGGGUUGCAGUGAAACAGGCUGCUGAAGAUGCAGGUGUAAUGGUCGUUCGUACAGCAAUCACAAAAGCUUCUGAAUGUGACAGUGUGGUCAUAACGGGUGAAGAUUUUGAUCUUCUUGUAAUAUUGACAGAUCUAUCCUCAAUAACAAAUAUGCCCCAAAACAUCUAUUUUGAGAAGAGUGGGAGAGGCAAAGCACCAUCAUUGUUGUAUUCAGCAGCAUCAUGCAACAUCAUAAACCGAAGAGAUAUUCUCUUCCUACACGCUGUGAGUGGAUGCGAUACGACGUCAACCCCAUUUGGCCAAGGAAAGAAGAAGGUCUGCAAGAUAUAUGAGAAGACCCCAUGCAUUCAAAAUAUCGCAGCCGUUUUUACAGACGCUGAAGCCACCACCUCGCAGAUUGCUGAGGCUGGUAUAAAGUUUCUUGUGGCCUUGUAUGGAGGGAUCAUCGAAACUGAUUCCCUGGACAAUCUGAGUUUCCAGCUCUUCCAAAAAUCAGUGGCCCAAACCCAAAUUUCAACUGGCUAGACUGCCACCGACUACAGAAGCAGCUACACAUCACAGUUUUAGACCAUAUCUCCAGGUCCAAACAUGGCUGGGGAAUUACAUUGUCCCAUCAGAGUGGGGGUGGUCACUGACCAGACGCUGGGUGGUCCCCACCAGAAAUACGCAGAACGCAGCCCCUGACCACAUUCUAACCAUAAUCUCUUGCAAAUGCAAGAAAGGUUGUAGUACUGCAGCCUGCAGCUGCAAGAAAGCAGGACUACUGUGCUCCACCCUUUGCAAGAGCUGCACAGGCCUUGCCUGUGAGAAUUGUGAACUAGAAUUACAAGAUGAGGAUGCCAAUGUACAUUCUGAUGAGAAAUUUAAUGUGGAAUCCCUAUUUGAAGAAGAAGAAA